AUGUCGGCAACUGGAAUCAUCCAGCCCAAGACUCGGCGUGGCAGGCGCCUGCUGGAGAGCCGAGCCCCCAAACUGAUUGAGGACACCCGGAGGUCGAUGAUCAUCAGUGGCCACAAGGUCAACCAAACGAUUAAGGAUGUGCUCACCGACCUUCACAAGCUGAAAGGGGUGGACUCCCUGCGCAUGUCACGCAAGAACGACGUGCUUCCCUUUGAGGCAGGGGGCGACGUGUGGCUGGAGUCGCACGGCUCCAGGGCCAACUGCAGCCUCUUUGCCGUGGGCACACACUCCAAGAAGCGGCCCAACAACCUGGUGCUGGGGCGGCUGUACGACUUUCGAAUGUAUGACAUGAUCGAGUUUGGGGUGAAGGGGUUUGCCCCCAUCCAGGCUUUCUCAGGCGCACGCUCUUCCCAGCUGGGAAACAAGCCCGCGUUUGUCUUUGCUGGCGAUGGAUUUGAGAGCGAUGCCGUCCUGCGGCGGGUCAAGAGCAUGUUCUUGGACUUCUUCCGCGGCAGGCAGGUGGAUGCGCUCAACCUGAAGGGCCUGGACAGGGUGGUCUUCGUGACCUGUCUCCCAGGGUCAAAGACCAUAGUGUUCCGUCAGUACAGUGUCAAGCUCAAACGGUCGGGGACCAAGGUGCCGCGCGUUGAGCUUGAGAUCAUGGGUCCCAGUCUCGACCUAGAGGUGAGGCGGACCAGGGAGCCUGCGGCCGACCUGGAAAAGGAGGCCAUGAAGCAGCCCAAGCUGACGAGGACCAAGGAGAAGAAUGUGGCGACAGAUGCGCUGGAGGGUCGGGUGGGACGCAUCUACAUGCCUCCCCAAAACAUCGACACCAUAGCGCUGCACAAGUCCAAGGGCCUGAAAAAGAGGAAGGAUGCGCCGGAAGGAGCGGGGGGGGCAGAGGCGAAUGGUCAGAAGAAGAGGGCAUGA